UUGAAAAUAUGGAGUGAUUUUGGAAGUUUUGAAAUAAAUCUUGACAAGAAAACCGAGCCAAAAUGGCUUGUAUUUGUCAUCUAAGUUGUGAGCCGUUUGCGAACUACCCUGGUGCUUGUUUUAGCGACGGAUGAGCGCGCUGUCUUCAUAAAUGGAUCUGCAAAAUAACUUUAAGCAUUCCACCAGGAUCAAGAUUGUCAGCAUGGGUGAUGCUGAAGUUGGCAAGAGCUGUAUUAUCAAGCGAUAUUGUGAGAAGAGAUUUGUAAACAAGUACCUGGCGACCAUCGGAAUUGAUUACGGAGUUACAAGGGUUUUCAUAGAUGAAAAAGAAGUUAAAGUGAAUAUAUUUGAUAUGGCUGGUCAUCCUAUUUUUUAUGAGGUUCGCAAUGAAUUUUACAAAGAUACUCAAGGUGUCCUACUGGUAUUUGAUGUCUCAAGUCAACAAAGUUUUGACAGUUUACAAUCAUGGCUGAAUGAGAUGAAGAAGGAGAUUGGAGAUCCCACAGAUAUGGACAAAGUUGUCUUUGUUGUUUGUGCCAACAAGACCGAUAAAUCAAGAGUGGUAGAUGAAAGUACUGGCCGGAUAGGGGCAAAUAAUUGUGGCUUUUAUUAUUUUGAAACUUCAGCACAGACUGGUGAUGGUGUUAACAAAAUGUUCCAGACGUUAUUUGAAGAAGUAAUAAAGACAAUAGAAAACGGGGGGAAGGCAGCCCGUGUGACUACAACGGUGGGUUAUACAAAGGAACAAGCCGAAGCCAUACAGAGAUUAGUCAAAGCCAAAGACAAUUAUGAGAGAUUGGGAAUUCAAUAUGGAGCAAGCAGGGAAGAUAUUAAUCGUGCCUACAGAAAGAUAGCGAUGUUGAUACAUCCAGAUAAAAGUGUUGCUCCGGGGUCAGAGGAGGCUUUCAAGGUGCUUGUCGACGCACGAAAAGCUCUUCUUAAAUAAGAUCCCUUCUUU